AUGGCAAUGACGCUGCGGCACCGUGCGGUGUGCGCCCUGGCGCUCCUCGCGCUGCUCUGCGGCUGCUCGUUUGUCUGCGGGGCGAAUGCUGAAGGAGCGGUUGAAGCGUCAGAUAACCCUCCGCCUGAUGUUGGGGGAAAAAUAUUUUUGCCGGUGGACGUGGCGUGUAAGUCGUCCGAGGGGAAGUUGCGUUGGCGGUUCCCUGGGGAAGAAGGCUGGAAAAUCUGUGCGACCGAUGCAAGCAAAUCGAAAGAUGACGUUGCAUGGCUGUGCGACAGCGCUGCAUGGCUGUACGGCUGUUCGAGCUGCACCCAGACGUGUGCUGCUGCCGAAAUUGACGCUGUUGCAUUCAGGAUGAAAGUUGCGGCGUACGGGAAAAGCGAACUUUACAAUAAGUCACUGACUGCAAAAAAUGCUGGUGCUGACUUCUCCUUCUUCAACACAACAGGCGUUUGUGCGUCGGCGGCUGGAAAUAUAGCGGGCAAUGGUUGCUCCGAUGAAAAAACCACUGCCGUCGAAACACCAGCAUCUGCGCCGUUCAGCCUACCGGAAGGACCUGAGGCACGGCGGGAAGACGAAGCAGUUGGAGCGCAAAGUGCGCAGAAGCCGCAGGAGGGAGAACAGCGCAGCGCAGGAAAAGUUGCGGCAGGUGCUGGGCCCGACCACGCCGCAGGCCUCACGGUGCAGGAGCCUGCAGAGUCUGCGCCUCAGUCGGCUGGCACUGCACCUGCAGCCGCAGCGGCCCCGGGGGCUGCCGGUGGGCGGCAGGCACACGGCGUUGAGAGUACACCGCAGACGGCUGAAAGUGUGGGCGCCAGCGGCGUUCCACCCAAACCGAGUGCACAGCCACAGGCGGGAGGUGAGUUGGCGGAAGGCCGCGUUGGCGGUGCUACGGGGCAAACGAAUGCAGCGGAAGGCAGUGAAGAAGCAGAAGGCGGUGCGGAACGUCCAACGACGACUGAGCACGGCGGCGACUCGACAGACUCCGCGCAGUCCACUGCCGGCGCCACGCAGGCUUCGGCGCAUGAAGCCGCCACCACCAGCGGCGCCACUCAGAAAGCCGUGACAAAUGCUGCGGACCGCAGUGCCACCUCCACUCCGCUUGUGCGUGCAUCUCCGCUGCUGCUGCUCAUGGCUGCCCUUGCCUGUGCUGCUGGGUAG